AUGAUAAUCGGAAUUGACAUCGGCACAUCUUCUGCCAAAAUCUGUCUUCUCACGGAGAAACGCGAAAUUCUCCAAGAAUCUCAUCGCAACUACAGUACCCACAGCUCUUCGCUUCAAGACCCAAAACUGAUUCUGCAAGUUGUUCUGGAACUUUUACACGAUGUUUACACGAAAAAUCACAGGAUUUCGGAGAUUUUUACCUGCGGUCAGAUGCAUGGAAUUGUGUUUUGGGAUUCGGAGACGAUUUUUGAAGGCGGUGAAAUAUUGGAUAGGGAGUUAGGGGAAAACUAGUCCCCGGGACGAGGUUUUGGGUUUCUAGGCCACCAUAUUUUUUUGCAGUUAAAUGUUCCUCGCUUUACAAUUGGAUGUUCGAUUGCCCCACGGAAUUUCUGGAAAUUUUACCAAAAUGGAAAGAAGCUGAAAUUUAUCCGGGAUUCGGGAUGGUCACUAUGGCUUUUCUCAAAAAUUCAGAAGGUGCGGGAUUUUUUGAGGUGAUUUUUAUUUUUAGAAAAUUCAAAAAUUAGUUAUGAAAAUUUUGAAACAGUGAAAAAAAUUGAUUUUUUCUAGAAAAAUGAAGAAUUUUUGCUCAAAAAUUCAUGAAUUUGUGGAUUUUUCUGAAAUUUUCAGAUUUUUUUUUUGAAAUUACAGAAAAUCAGGAUUUCUCUUUUUUUUAAUUCAAAAAUCAAUUAUGAAAAUUUUGAAACUGUGAAAAAAUGGGAAAUUUGGAAAAUCAAUUUUUUUUUUUGAAAAAGUGAAGAAUUUUGGGUCAAAAUUCAUGAAUUUGUGGAUUUUUCUGAAAUUUUCAGAUUUUUUUGAAUUCAGAAUUUUUGCUAUGAAAAAUAGAGACAAAGAACAUUUUUUUUAGAAAUUCAAAAAUCAAUUAUGAAAAUUUUGAAACAGUGAAAAAAUAAAAAAUCAAUUUUUUCUAGAAAACUGACAAAUUUUGGGUCAAAAUUCAUAAAUUUUCUGAAAUUCUCAAUUUUCCUCCAGAAUUUCGACAAAUGCGGAACAAUAAUGGACCUUUUCCUGGCGUUCCUCACAAAAACUUCCAAAAAUGUCAAAAUUUCACAUCACAACGCAUUCAGUUGGGGAUACUGUAGUUCUGCUGGAAAAUGGCAACCUGAAAUUGUAAGUUUCUUUUUUCUGAAUCCAGAAUCCACCUUAAAAAAAAUGUUUUUUUUGUUCCAGCUCCAAUUUCUACCUGAAAACAUCGAGUUACCCGAAAUCGUUUUGGAUCAAAAUCAGAUUUUCGGAUUUUGGAACGGUGCCAAAUGCCACGUGGCAAGUGGGGAUUUGCAAGCAUCGGUGGCGGCGUUGGAAAAAGUUGGAGAGGGCACGGCGUGUGAGUUGGCGGGAAGUCUGGAAUUUGAAAUUCUCUUCGAGGUACAGUAGUCCAGGGUUACUGUAUUCAAAAAAUCCUAUCGAAAUUUCAUGGAUUACUGUAUCUGAAAUUUCCCGAAUUGCUUGGGGUUACUGUAGCCUAAGGUAUAUUCUAUUUAGAACUGCAAGGGUUACUGUACUCCUAAGGCAUGCUCUAUUCGGACUGCAAGAAUUACUGUAGCUGUAAAAAUUUUGCAAAUUAUAUCCUAGGUGAUUCCGAACUGCAAGGAUUACUGUAUCGGAGGGUUUCGCUUUCCGGUUGGGGUACUGUAAGAACUACAAAGAGAUUACUGUAGCUUCAGGGUUACUGUAUCUGGCAGGAAACAAAUAUUACGGUCUAAGGAUUUUUCGAACUGCAAAACUCUUGAAACAAUUUUGAAACAGUGAAAAAAUGGGGAAAUUUUUGAAUUCUGAAUUUUUGGCGCCAGAAAAAUCCACGUGGCAAAAAUCAAAAGACAUUUUUUUUCCAGACCUCAUAAUCGGCACCUCCGCUCAACUCUGCCUUCUCCACCCAAUCUCCCAGGAUUCAAAAAUUCCCGAAAAUCUCGCGCCAACAAUCGUCAACCUCCCAUUCUCCCCAACUCAUCGACUUUUGGCAACUUGCGCCAUGAAUGGCGGAAAUGCCAUUCAAAAAAUAGUUGAAGAUUUUAUUGCUCCGGGGAAAUCCUCACUUCGAGAAACUCUGGAUCUUUUGAAUUCUAACAGCUCAGAUCUUCUUCCCGGAAAUCUGGAGAUUUCCCCGAUUUUCAUAGCUGAACGAGGCUCAAAAAAGAAGUUGCUCAAAAUCCCGGAAAAUAUUCGAGAUUUCGAAAGUCUUCAAAUCCUCGAAGCCGCCCAUUUUGGAGUUGUUCGAAAUAUUUUUGAGAUGUUUUUUGAAGUUUCGGAGAAUUUUAGAAGAUUGGCACUUGUUGGAGCUGCCAAGGAGCCCAGAUUUAUCAGGCAAAUUCGAAAAUUGAAGCCGGAAAUUGAAAUUAUGAAGUUGGAUUGUGAAAUUGAAGUUUCGACGCCUUUUGGAGCCACUAAAUUUUGA